UCGUACGCAACGAGCAUGCGAAUUCGGCCUGCUGUUUUCUCUCGACUGGCGGCCGGCAAAAUGUGGCGAUCUACACGAAAGGUUUCUCAACGAUAUUCUCUGCUGUUCGCCGGUAGACAACAAAAAUCUAGACCUCCCGUUCAGAGCCGGCUGCAGUCAACCAGCUCCUCCACAAGUGGACCAGCCAAAACCAUCGCUGUCACAACUGGUGUGGCUACUGUAGGCAUAGGUGGGGCUCUUGCCUAUGCAAAAUUUGACUCAGACUUCAGACACAAACUAGAAAGCAGCCUUCCGUAUGGAGACUCCCUUAUCGGCACUAUUCUAGGACCGGCUGAAGCACCUGUUAGACAGCUACCUGCUGAGAAGGUGAAGGAAAAGGCCCUUGAGUCUAGUCUUCUGCGCAAGAAGACUCCAGUGGAGCCAUCAAGGAGUGAACUGAAGCCUGCUUUGCCACCAUCACCUCCAAUUACUGCCCCUUCACACACACCUGUAAAAGAGAAGACACCAUCACCUCGGGAUUUGGAAGCAGAGGCCCAGAGACAACUACAAGACAUCAAAGAACGAAAUGAACGGCUGAACUUUGCACUGGAACAGUCACUUCGUGAGGCUCAAGCAGACUUGGAGAGGCACACCAAGGAUGCAGUUGUGGCACAGUUGGAAGCCAAGGAAGCUGCACAGAAUUACGCUCGCAAGUUGUACAGAGCCAUCGAUGAAGCCAGGGAUAGUGAAGACCAGUACAUGUGGGAUGAAGCUUUGCAAGCUAAAGAGGCCAAGUUGGCCGCUGUACAAAAAGCUGCUUUGAAGAGUGAACACGCAUGGAAAUCCUUAGAAAACCUCCGUAGCACCAUCAAGAAAGGCCAAGAAAACAAGGAGACUCAAAAUAACUUUGCAAUCAGUCCAGCAGAACAUGCUGCAACAGUCGCCAGGGACCAACUUCGAAAUGCUGAGUCUGAGUCACGGUCAGCCAAAGAGGCUGCCAAAACUGCAAGUGACUACAAGGAGGCUGUUGAGAGGGCCAGACAUCAUUUUCAGAAGGAGAUUGAGGCUCUGCUUCCAGAGACUAAAUUCAGUGAACCAGGGCAAAAGCUGUCUGAAGAUGAGCUGAAUUUGCUUCUCGCUCAUGCCCACCGGAAGAUAGAAAACUUGACCAAGGCUCAUGUCAAAAUGCAGGCAACAGAACAGGAACGAGCCCAGAUGUUCCAGAGGCAACAAGAGCGUGUGGCCCGGGACUUGGAAAGGCAACGGGCUGAGCUGGACGCAACACUUGAAGUGAAGCUGGUGAAGCAGCAGGAGGCGUUUGAGCAUGAACUGCAGCAGCAGCUGCGGCGCCAAGUGGCGGCGCACACGGAGCACCUCAAGGAGGCCCUGGAAGAGCAGAAGCAGGAGCUGAGCCGCGCCUUUGGCCUGGAGCUGGAGAAGAAAAUUAUUGAGGAGCGUGCACAGCACAAUGCGGCCCUGUCUUCCUCAGUUGCUAAGCUCCAGGGCAUGGAGGACUACCUCAGAGCACGAGAUGAAUUGGAUCGGCUGUCGCAACAGGCCAAGGGUCUCUGGCUUGCCUGCCAGGGCCUGAGGCACACCUUAGUCCACGGGCCAGCCACCGGCACCAGUGGGCCGCAGUCGCUGACCGCAGAUGUGCAGCUUGUGGAGCGGGCGGCACCCAUGAGCCCUUAUGUGCCUCUUGUGUUGGCCUCCAUCCCUGAGGAAGCCCUGACACGUGGCGUCUACCCAGAAAUAGCCUUGAAAGAGCGCUUUGCACGCGUGGAGCGUGCCUGCCGUCGUGUUGCCCUUGUUGAUGACCAGAGACCCUCAUCACUGCUUCGAUACUUGGCCUCCUACUUGCAGUCACUGUGUGUCAUCUACCCCAAGGAGCUGCCUGAGGAGGAGCUUACAGAUGAACAGCGAGUCAAUCCUGAAAUGUGGGACACGUUUGAUGUGCUCUCGCGUGUGCGUUAUUGGCUCCAGCAUGAGAACCUGGAACAAGCCCUACGCUAUGCCAGCCAACUGCGUGGCCAGCCACGACUGGUGGCCCAAGACUGGAUACACGAGCUCCGGCUGCAUCUUGAAGCUCGCCAGGCAGCAUCAGCCCUUAUGGCCUUUGCUGCAGCCACUAUUGCCGAAGAUGCUGAAUAACUGAAACAUUUUCAUCAAUACUGGUAUGCUGUGUAGAUCGAAGGCACCUUCUAGAUUCUCCAUUCUCUUGAAGGACACUGUUCAGAUAGAAAUAUUGCCACUGGUGUGUGGGCUGGGGUUGUCAAGCUACUCUUUUGGAGUGCUGCUUUUGACCAUCUUUUUUUGUAAUGACUGGUCAAUGCUGCUUAUGGCAUCGAUAUAUCAUGCACUGGUCACUGCUAUGAAGGUGGCUGUAGAGUGUGAUCCAUGAAAGAGAGCUGUAGAAGGUGGAGUUCUAAUUGGCAGAAAAGUUUUUUUUUUUAUCAUUUCUCCACUAUCCCGACAGUUUCAUCUCUUUGCAUCAAGCUUGUUUGCCCUGUGAAUAUGAGUCUGAGCAGUGCAGCUUAGCAUGCUUAUUAAGCAAAACUGUACACUGAUUGGGUUUGUGAAAUUGAAGGUGGCUUCUUGUGAAACCUCGUGUGUGACGUUCGUAACUAUGGUCUUGCUUGACUGCUGUGACAAGACAUGGCAGAAUUUAAGACUGUGAUAAUGAUAAGUCAGUAGUGAGAGUUAAUGCCUAAAAAACAGCUCUUCAUGGGGAAAAGGAACUAAUGGCCCUGUGCCCUCUUUAUGUGAGAACUGCUGGUAUAGCCCCCAGGUAGCCUUAUUUUGCUGCCAGCUCUUAAGGACAUCUUGUUAUAAUCUUCCUUUUCGAGAUGGUGUACCAAGAUCAUGUCUAUUGAAAAGCUAGCUCAGUUUAAGAAUCAUGUGAAUUACCGUAAGUUUAAAAACGCCACAGGAGCUGAUAAUAAAUUGCCGUGGACACUAAUUCCUUUAUAAAAUUUUUGUCUGGUGUACGUAUCUGUUCUUAACAGAAACCUAUAAUACUUGUCCUUCAUGAUGCAGUGCUGCAGUGCUGAAAUGUUUAAUGUAGAUGUGUCAAAGUGAAUUGUGCGCUAUAAAUCAUGUGGACACCAAAAUGUACUAGAAGCGAUGCUGCAUUGUUUUGUCAUUCGGAUAUGGAACAGUUGUAUAGUAGGCCUGCCAGUGCAUAACGGACAUGCUUUGCACUGCCUUGAGAUGGAAGCCCUCGAAAGUGUCGGCAAACAUGGCAACUUAUCAGCAGGCCUCAUGCAUUUUGAUUCAGGACUUAAUUUCGUGUUUGUGUGCAAAACUACCUUGCCAGUCAGGGGAUGGCAUUUUUGCUCUUUAAAAUCUGGUAUAGCACCACGGAAUAUACCUGUACUGCCAUUACUGUGGAGCAUCUAUUAAACUCGGUUCCCACUUGCAGCUGCAGGUACAAAUGCAGAGCAACAUGAAGUAGCAGUGACUGCUUCUAGUGGUUUGUGAUGCAUGUUUGAAUUGUUGUCACCCGUGCAUUGUGGGUGAAGCGCUUCCUGGUAUAAUUUUCUUGCCACAAUGAAUUAACCAGCAGCUGUUUCUGUAAGAAUAGCUUGGUUUCAGGUUCUUAUUUAAGUCCUAGAUCUCCUGGCACUCGCUCUUUGUUUAGCAAAUAAAUUUAAAAACAAGAUUCCUAAUCUCAUUUUUAACAUGUUUCAAAAAAGCAGAAUCUCUUUGACUUUGAAUCAGAAGCACAGUGCAAAUUUCAGCAUGCAUGAGUGCUGUGUGCGAGAAACUUUCACUGCCAUUUCAGAUAAACACCUUUGCUGAUGGCUUUGUGUAAGCUGUUUUAUACAGUAGAAUCUCAUUAUGACGAAACUUUGCGGGACCAUCGAAAUUAACUAAUUAUUUUGAAAUAUCGUAAUACUGAAAAACCAUUAUUGUCAUGUCAGUAAUGUAACACAACGAAAAUUACGUUCCUUUGCAGUGGAUGCACGUGUUGGUACGUAAAUAAUUGAAAACGCUGGGCACAGUUCGGCUACAAUUUAUUGCUUGAAGCUACUUGCCACACAAUGCCAUUCCUUUGACAAAAGCGAUGAAGCCGUCUGGCACUUGCUUCGAAGCUGCAGAUGUCCAAGGCAACCACGACCUGUCGUGCCUUCUUUUGAAUAAUGGGGCCUGACAAGGGCACAUUGUGUUGUCUCGCAUCCUUAAACCACAUGAGGAUGGCGUCGGCGUCGUCCUGGUAGUCGCCAAGCUGCAAGCAUUUUCUUGAGGGAGCCAGCUGUGACUCCCUAUGUAAUAUUAUGAGCUUGUCCCGAUCCCCGAAUAUUGUUGCCAUUGUUGAUGGUGCGAUAUCAGGCUCCCUGCAACAGAUCGACUUGCAUUUUUUCCAGCAUUCAGCUCUGUAAGAAUGUCCACUUUUUCCUCGAGAGAAAACUGGCAUUGCUUCUUUUUAAUGCGGGGGCCAGGAGAACUCAUUAUCAGCAAAGCGAACGCGCAACACAAUCGCAGCGCCGAUAACUUCGCAGCUGCUGUUAUCGCUAUCAACGUGGUGAAGCUAGGCCUAUGACGUUGAUGCUGAUGCUACGGGGCUGUACCCGUUGAAACGGGGAUCCCCAGCACAUGGCUGCUGCUGUGGAUGAUUGUAGGUGUAAGAUUCAGGAAUUUGGUACUGAAACUUCAACGGAACCUUUUAAUAAUGAAGUGUCUUAGUGAUUGCGGCUGUUAUUAAAUUACGUAUGUUAUUCUGAAAUAUUCAGUAUUCCGAAAUUCGUUGAAAGUGUAGGCACUUUUGCGGCGAUUUUAAAAAACUUUGUAAAUAUGAUAAUUGAGUUAAUCUGAUGUUCGUAGUAACUAGAUUUUAAUGUAUCAUUUGUCAGCUUCUGCAGCAAGCUUUUUUUUUUUCUUUCUCUCUCUACUUACAUUUCUUAUAAUAAAGGAGCACUGACAUUAAAUUUUUUACUCUUUACUAUCACCUUGGUGUCGACUCAACAAUUGUGUUAUAGAGCCUCAGUUUCUCGAAAGCACAUUAUUUAUGUUACCUUUCAAUGCGCCCAGUUCAAAAUGUGCGCCAAGUGCAGAGCAGCUUCGGAAAUGAAAAAGGUGAAUCAUUCACGGUUGACGAAACCUGUUGUGGUGGUCUCGCGGUACCAGAGACCGCUGACAUACAACCACACUAUGGCCAUGCUACCAAAAGUUGAGUCCAUUCAGCACACGACGGGACAAUAAGGGAAAGCAUGUAGCCCUGCAUUUCCUAAAGAAGCACAUAAUUGGAAGCUGCCAAUUUGGCAGCUUUUGGCGACAGUCAUUGUAUGGCUUUCAGCCACCGCACCGGGCUUACUGGCGGGCUCUGCUGAGUCUGUUUUUUCACAUCCGAAGGUCGCACUGAGCAUGACACGCAUUUUGAAUUGGCCGUAGAAAAGGCGCUGUAAUUAUUUGUGGUACUCUCGAGACAUUGAGGCUUCGUACCUCGACUAUGGAGUCGACUUCCACCUAAAAAGGUGGGACACAGAAUUUAGGCGGGAUACAAAAUUUUUGUGUCGGUACUCUUUUAACACAUGGAUCAAAAUUAUUUAAUUAGCUCGACAAGUCCAUAGCAGUUACUAUUGCAUGAUGUCCAGUACCAGACAUAGUAUGUACAAUGGCCUUACAUGCACAUUUUAGGAUUUUGCAUUACCUGAUAAAUCAUAGCACCUGCAAAUGUCAACAUAUUGAGUCUAUUGUGUUCACUUUACUGUCAGGUUUGGUGUAGCACUGUAAGGCCAGGCUUUCACUAGCACCUUUUGGGUGUAAUUGCUUGUGCUUUGACUGAAUCUCUGUAGGAGAUUAGUGACAUGUGCUGUUAGGCUAUAUUCCUUGUGACCUAAUGCAGACAAAGAACAUGAAGACGUAAUGCGAGA